GUUUAAUUUUUGUAAGGAGACCAGAUUGUAUCAGCUGAAAAUUAUUAGACCGUUGUUGAUCAUGAACUCGACUCAACAAAAACAUUAAAAAUUCUGCUACAUACAAAGACUUGACCAUUGCCAUGGAGUAUGGAGUUAAUCAAGAAAAGAUGUAGUAGACCUGUUAUCUGUCUCGCCUGUCUCAGUCUGAUAAUUACAUACCUAGUGUUGUCAUGGUUACAAACAGUGCCCUCUAUACUCCAUGUUCAUUUUGUACGACAGAUUUGGGACAAGGAAUAUUCUAGAUGUCAGCUUCAUAUCAACAGCAUUGCUAAUUUACCGAAAACUAAACAACAGCCUGUUUAUCUUACGGUAGCGCUCUCAGGUCGUCUUGGCAACUGGUUAUUUGCAUAUGCAUCACUUGUUGGAAUUGCUAGGAAAAAUAAAGCGUUAUUAUACAUCAGUCCUGAAUCCAUCAGAAAAGUUUCUUUAGGAAAUAUUUUUAAUAUAAAAAGUGUGCGAGCAGUUAAUGCAUUAUGUAGGCAAUCAAUAUGUGAAGAUUUACCAUGUGCAUAUGAUAAGAAAAUGGAGUCACUUCCUGUUUCGAACAUAACAAUUCAUGGCUAUUUGCAGUCUUGGAAAUAUUUUAAAUAUGUUGAAAAGCAAGUUCGAGAAGAAUUCACAUUCAAAAAGACCAUCAUGUCAAAUGCAGAACAAAUAUUUCGUCAGAAUGUUCAGAAUAAUUUUUCUUUUCAGACAACAUGUAUACAUGUUAGAAGAACAGACAUGAUGAUUUCAUCAUCUGUAAAAAUAGGUUUUAAAUCUGCUCCACUGGAAUAUCUUCAUAAUGCCGUGAACCACAUGCAACAAAAGUUCAACAAUAAGGUCAAAUUUCUCGUCAUCUCCGAUGAUUACAAGUGGUGCUUGAAGAAUUUAAAAUUUCAAAAUUCUGUUGUAAUUCCAAGGAAUACUCCUGGGAUAGAUCUAGCAUUAUUGUCAAUGUGUAAUAGUUCCAUUAUCACUACUGGUACCUUUGGUUGGUGGGGAGCAUGGUUGGCCAAUGGUUAUACAGUAUAUUAUAAAAACUACCCAGAACCUGGAUCCAGAUUGGACCGUGAAACAGUUAAAGAGGAUUUUUACCCUCCUUACUGGGUUCCAAUAAACAGUGCACACAAUCAGUCUACAUCAAGUUUCUAUAUCAGUGUUAUAGUCAUUUGUUCAUUUUUUCUACGAUGAUUUGACAUAAAUGUAAUAUAUCUUUCAAAAGGGCUCUGUAUUCUUACCAUUGAUUGCUCUUAAGUUCUUAACCAAAGGAAACUAAUGAUUUUAGAGCUCAGUUCAUACAUGUUUUGUAUUUUAGACUGUUUGCAUUUUACAUGUCUCAAAUGUACAAUUCUUGCCAGAUUUUUAUGAAAUGUUUUUCAAUGGUUUAUACAAAUGUAACAGAAAUGUAUAUAACAUCCGCUUUUAGAAUCAGUGGUAAUUAACUUUUUUUAUGAAUUAUGUCUCUUAAAAAUAUACCUUUAUAUAGAAAAUUAAAUUCUUAGCACUGUAACUCCUGAAUUUGUUGUAGAGUUUUUAUAAAAUUUAUGUCCUAGUUCAAAAUCUGGGAUGAAUCUGAAAAUCAGCAUUGAUCAAUUUGAAUUAUUUUUACAUGAGUUAUGUCCCUUUGAAAUUUAAUUUUUUUUUACCAUUGCAUUGUAACCUUGCUCUUAAACCUUUUGUCUCAGUC